AUUUUUUCAAUUACCGCCCUGGAUGGGGCGUUUGUCGAAAAGCAGUCGCGUUUUGCAGAAAUAUCUGUGAUUUGGAUUUGGAAGUAAGUGUAGUCAUGGCGACGAGAAACGGGCAUAGCAAUAAGGCGUUCGAGUCUGCAGGCGAUGAGGUGGACACGAUAGACCUGUCGCGUGGGACAAGCACCGACGAAGACAGCCGAACGCAGCCGGAUCCCAACAAUGCGGAUCGGGCGACCUGGGGCAAGUCUAUCGAAUUUUUAAUGUCUUGCAUCGCCAUGAACGUAGGCCUGGGCAACAUCUGGCGGUUUCCGUUCGUCGCAUACGAAAACGGAGGCGGGGCUUUCUUGAUACCCUACAUUUUGGUCCUCGUCCUGAUGGGCAGGCCCAUGUACUACUUGGAAAUGUGCCUGGGACAGUUCUCCAGCAGGGGAAACGUUAAGAUGUUCGAGAAGAUGGCCCCGGCCUUAAAAGGGAUCGGGUAUGGCCAGCUGGUCGGCACAGCGUGCAUCGCCACGUAUUACUGCGCACUGAUGGCGAUUUCGCUUUUUUAUCUCUACAAUUCGUUCACAUCGAGUCUGCCGUGGUCCACGUGCCAGGAGGAGUGGCGGAACGUCAGCUGGCUCGCGAACGUAACCUGCGUAGCGUCGAGCAGCUACGACGUAGCCGCCCUCAACGGUUCCGACACCAUGAGCUCCGCAGAGAUAUUCUAUAGGGUGGAAGUUUUAAACGAACGAGUGGACAUCUCGGAGGGUAUAGGCUGGCCGGAGUGGCGACUCACUGUCUGCCUGGUGAUAUCUUGGGCGACGACGUUUGCCGUUUGCGCCAAAGGUGUGCGCAGUUCGGGCAAGGCGUCUUAUUUCCUAGCCCUGUUCCCGUACGUGAUCUUGCUGACGCUGCUGGGACGGGCGGUCACUUUGGAAGGGUCAGGCAAAGGGAUCAUUUAUUUCAUAAACCCCGACUGGCCCAAACUUCUCGACGGCAAGGUAUGGUACGCGGCUGUCAGCCAGUGCUUCUUCUCGUUAAACAUCGGGUUCGGGUCCGUGACGAUGUACUCUUCGUACAACAGUUUCCGCCACAACGUUUACAGGGACGCCAUGGUGGUGACAACGCUGGACACCUGCACGUCGUUGCUAUCGGGAACGAUCAUUUUCGGGAUUCUGGGGAACCUCGCCCAUAAAAUGAACGUGGAGGUGAACCAAGUGAUCAAAUCCGGCGGAACCGGAUUGGCGUUUAUAUCCUACCCGGAAGCGAUCGCCAGGUUCGAGGUGGUACCCUGGCUGUUUGCCAUCUUGUUUUUCUCCGUACUGUUCAUCUUGGGCGUGGGCAGUUUGGUAGCGCUGCAGGGGUGCAUCUCCACCGUCAUCACCGAUUCCUUUCCCCGUCUCAAGGUCUGGCACGUCUCCCUGGCAACCGUGGUCGGUAGUUUACUGGUCGGGUUGUUCUACGUCACCCCCGGCGGUCAGUGGAUAUUCACAAUGGUGGACUUUUUCGGCGGCACUGCCAUUUUUUAUGUCCUCAACGUGAUAGAAAUCAUAUCCGUCUUCUGGUUUUACGGGCUGGAGGAGUUUUGUUUGGACGUCGAGUUUAUGCUGAAAAGAAAGACGAACUUCUAUUGGCGGAUAUGCUGGUGCCUCUUAAUCCCGAUCACUCUCAUCGCCGUCUUCUUUUAUUUCGUCACCACUAUACAAGAACUGACCUACGAGGACAAAAGCUAUCCGACGAGGGUCAUAGUUUGGGGUUGGGUGCUGCUGGCGUUUGGCAACGUCCAGCCGCUGGUUUGGUUCGGUAUCGAACUACUGCGGAGAAGACGAAGAUAUAACAUGACCGCGAAAGACACAUUAAAAUCGUUGUUCGAGCAUACCGGCUGGGGACCGAGGGAUCCAGCCGAAAAAGCCGACUGGUUGGAGUUUAAAAGUUUGCAGAGGACAACGAGGGCGCUGAAGUUGAGAGGAAAACUAGCCGAUAAACUGUGCAGUCUGAUAGGCAGAUGAUGCGUUAUAGCAUAAUAUAUAUUUUUUU